AUGACUGGUAAUAAAAACGGGUUCAUCAAGUUACACAAAUCAGUUAAGAAAGUUCUCAAGUUUGCACACCGCAUGCAUGUUACAUCAGGUGGAAAAGGAAACAUAUUUGUGGUUAGAAAGGAUGAUCGAAAAGCUAGUAACACUAAUGUGUUGCAUGUACCUUCGAUGACAUGUAACUUGAUAAGCAUAAGUCAACUACUUACAAAAGGGUACAACAUGAAGCUAGAAAAGAAUAAGAAGAAGGUGUAUGACGGGGACAGGAAAAUGAUUUUGAAAGCAACAUUGGCAGACAACAAGACCUUCAAAGUAGAGAUCAACACAGUUGAUCACAAAUGUCUUGCUUUUACUGCAGAAGAAGACAAAAACUGA